AUGAUUGAAUUAAUGAACCAUCUUGUUUAUGAUGCUGAGAAGAUGCCUGAGAAGCCCUACAAGACCUUUACAGACAUUCUUGCCCUCCUGUAUGUCAACAAUCUGGUUCUUCAAGAGGACUUAGAGGUCUCCCUGGAGCAAAUGGGGAACUGUGAGAAUGUGCUGGUGCAGUCUCAUGGGGUUAUGCAAAACCUGAGCUGCAAGCACUGUGAUGAGGGCUUCAGUCUGUUUACAGACUGUGUUCUUGUCCCCAGACACCUCAAAGGUGCAUGCACCAAUUGCUACUACAAUAGUAGUGGAUAUUGUUGUUUGUUUUGUCCAGAUGCAAAGAAGAGAAAGUGCAGCAAGGCUGCUACAACCACCACCACCACCACCAACAACACUGACAUCAAGAAGCCCAUGGAGGCUGAAAAUUCAACUGUCAAAAAGACAAAGAGAUUAGAGCAGAAGAAAUGA